AUGAAGAAGACAAUGAAAAUUUUGAUCUUUCUCAUGAACUAACUCAAAUGCUAAGAGAAGAAAAACUAAAGCUGCAGCCAAACCAAAAGACAGAAACCAUUAAUCUGGGUGCUGAAGAUGACAAAAAAGAGAUAAAAAUCAAUGUCCAUCUAUCCACAGAGGAGAGAAAAGAGUUGAUAGAGAUUUUAGCUGAAUUUCAAAAUGUUUUUGCUUGGUCUUAUGAGGACAUGCCGGGACUUGAUCUUGAUAUUGCUGUUCAUGCCAUUCCACUCUAUUUUGAGGCCAAGCCAGUCAGGCAAAAGCUAAGGAGGAUGAAGCCAGGGGUUCUAUUGAAGGUCAAAGAAGAAGUGCAAAAGUUGCUAGAUGUCAAUUUCAUUGAAGUAGCUAUGUAUCCGGAAUGGGUGGCUAAUAUUGUUCUUGUAAUGAAAAAGGAUGGUCGAGUUAGAGUCUAUGUGGAUUAUAGAGACUUGAACAAAGCAAACCCCAAGGAUGAUUUUCCAUUGCCUCAUAUCCAAAAUCUACUAGAUAAUGCUACCAAAAAUGCUUGGUUUUCUUUUGUUGAUGGCUACUCUGGGUACAAUCAGAUAAAAAUGAAGGAGGAGGAUAAGCUCAAGACUACAUUCAACACUCAAUGGGGUACCUUUUGCUACAAAGUUAUGCCUUUUGGACUUAAAAAUGCUAGGGCAACAUACCAACACUCUGUGAUUUCUUUAUUACAUGACUUUAUUCACACCAUUGUUGAGCUAUAUGUUGAUGACAUGGUGAUUAUGUCCAAAGAAGAGGUGCUACACACAGAAAAUCUCAAGAAGAUAUUUGAACGCCUUAGAAAAUACCAACUGAGACUCAAUCCUGCCAAAUGUACUUUUGAUGUGGAUUGCAGAAAGCUACUUGGAUUUAUUGUGAGCCACCGAGGAAUAGAGAUUGAUCCAGCCAAAAUAAAAUCCAUUGAUGAAAUGCCACCACCAAAAACCCAAAAAGAAGUUGCAAGUUUCUUGGGAAGAAUUAAUUACAUUGCCCGUUUCAUUGCCAACCUCACCACCAUUUGUGAGCCUAUCUUCAAACUCCUCAGAAAAGACAAUCCUCAUACCUAGAAUGACCAAUGCCAACAAGCCUUUGACAAAAUCAAAGAAUACCUCAAAAACCCAUCGAUCCUUGUGCCAACAACUGAUAAAAGGCUUUUCAUCCU